UUUCAAAUCUAAAGAAAAACACGAUCUGCGAAAUGAAGAGGCUGCUUGUUUCCGUAUUCCUGGUUGGCUUUUUAGUCCAAGCAACUUCUGCUGCGGGCCUAAUCCCAGAAGCAGCAGUAUAUGCGGCCCAAUGUGCCAAAGAGCAAAGAGUUCCUCUAAAGCUAGCCAUGAGUGUUGUAACGGGCCCAUUCCUUAUAAGAAAAACUAAAGAAAUAAAGUGCUUUAUAAAAUGCUUUGCGGAGAAAGCAAAUAUAUUCGAAAAAAAUAGAAAUGUACUAGAAGGACAACAAAAUAAAUGCGAUUUCUUCAAGAACGCCGAUGACUGCGACGACGCCUUUCAGAAGUUCGAGUGCAUCCUUAAAAUUGUGAAAAGAAUUUUGUGAUGAAUGCGUGGAUCCUUUCAGGAUUUCAAAGGUGAAUUAAUGUAAAAACAAAAAUGAUUUAUCUUUUUAGCCACAAUAAAUUCACACAAGCUAUAUAGCUUAAUAAAUCUUAAAACUUAAA